GGCGUUGCUGGGCAACGGGGACACGCCGCCCGCGGCUGCAGGGAGCCGGGCCCGGAGCGGAUCUGCCCCCCCCCCCCCCCCCGGCCGGCAGGCACCAUGGAGAUCGUCUAUGUGUAUGUGAAGAAGCGCAGCGAGUUUGGCCGACAAUGCAACUUCUCUGACCGGCUGGGCGAGACCAACGUGGACAUCCAGCCAGACCCGAGCCAAGCUUCAAACUUCAUAGAGCGGGACCCCAUUGACGCUGCAAUACAGUGUGCCAGUGAUAUGUCAGAGCAUGAGGUCAACACGGAGAGAUUUGAGAUGGAAAAUCAGGGGGUUAACCACUUGGAAGGAGGGUGGCCAAAAGACGUCAACCCCCUGGAGAUGGAGCAGACCAUUCGGUUCCGGAAGAAAGUGGAGAAAGAUGAGAACUAUGUGUACACCAUCAUACAGCUCGGCAGUCUGAUGGAACAUUGCAUCAAACAGAACAAUGCGAUUAAUAUCUACGAGGAGUACUUUGAAGAUGAGGAGACAGCAGACGUAGCAGAUGAGCCUCCGUCUGCAAAAACUAUCAGUGUCUUCAGGGAUCCAAAUUUAAUCAAAAGGACAGCCACGCAUCUCUCCUGGCACCCAGAUGGAAGCAAGAAACUGGCAGUAGCUUAUUCCAGCUUGGAGUUCCAGCGAAGUUCUAAAGAUAUGAGCUAUGAGUCAUACAUAUGGGAUCUUGAAAAUCCUAACAAACCAGAACUGGUUCUCAGGCCAUCAUCCCCGCUCGUGUGUCUGGAAUACAACCCCAAGGACACUCACAUCCUGGUUGGAGGAUGCUAUAAUGGACAGAUCGCUUACUGGGACACCAGGAAAGGAGGACAGCCGGUGGAGCUUUCCACUGUGGAAUUCAGCCACAGGGACCCCGUGUAUGGAACGAUCUGGCUUCAAUCCAAAACUGGCACAGACUGUUUCUCCGCUUCUACCGAUGGGCAGGUCCUGUGGUGGGAUAUCCGAAAGCUGACCGAGCCCACUGAGACACUGGUGAUGGACAUCAGCAGGAAAGGAGUCUUGGAGAAUGCUUUAGGAGCCAUCGCGCUGGAGUUUGAACCAACCAUGCCGACCAAGUUCAUGGUGGGGACGGAACAAGGCAUGGUGAUCACCUGUAACCGCAAAGCCAAGACACCUGCUGAAAAGAUAGUUGGCACAUACAGCGGGCACCAUGGCCCCAUCUACGCCCUGGCAAGGAACCCUUUCUUCCCCAAGAACUUCCUGACAGUCGGGGACUGGACUGCUCGAAUCUGGUCUGAGGACUGCAAGGAAUCAUCCAUCAUGUGGACAAAGUACCACAUGGCUUACCUAACAGAUGGGUGCUGGAGCACCAUCCGGCCAGCUGUCUUCUUCACAAGCAAAAUGGACGGGACCCUUGACAUCUGGGACUUCCUCUUCAAACAGAACAACCCCUCCCUCAGCGUGAAGGUCUGUGACGAGCCUCUCUUCAGCCUGCGUCUGCAGGACAACGGGCGUUUCAUUGGCUGCGGCUCUAAGCUGGGCACAGUGACCCUGCUGGAGGUCUCUUCCGGGCUCUGUACCCUGCAGAGGAACGAGAAGAACCUGGCCACGGCGAUGUUUGAGCGAGAAGCAAAGCGAGAGAAGAUCCUGGAGGCCCGGCACCGGGAGAUGCGUCUGAAGGAGCGCACCAAGGCUGAGGGCAAGGAGGAGGACGUGAACGUGGAGACGGAGGAGGAGAAGCCUGAGGAGCUGCUGGCCAGAGUCCAGCAGGAGUUCUUCGAAGUCAUCGAAGCAGAGAUCAAGAGGAAGGAGCGGGCAGCCAAGCUGUUGAAAGCUCAGGAGAAGGAAGUUACAGAUGAAAACAAGGAUGAGGACCCUUACAAGGAGGAGUGAGCCUGGUGUGUGGAUCACAGUUGCACUUAAUUUAUUCUCGUACCAGUGCAGGUUGUUUCCCCUUUUGAUCUUUUCUACAAGAUAGACUGGAUUAAUAAACAGCAGCACUUUUAAGCCA